UGACCUAAAGUCCAAAUCAGUUGUUGGUGUGUCAGACGGAUCAGUCAUGGGACUGCUGCUGCCGAUCCUUCUCGCAAUUAUCACAGCACUGGUGGGAGGCUUGUACCUUCUUGGGGUUUUCCGCCAGCGCAGACCAGGAGAGCCCCCACUGGAUAAGGGGCUCAUCCCGUGGCUGGGCCAUGUUUUGGAGUUCCGCAGGGAUACACUGAAAUUCCUGGAUAGAAUGCAGAAAAAGCAUGGUGAUGUGUUCACGAUCCAGUUGGGUGGCUUCUAUUUCACCUUCCUCCAGGACCCACUAUCUUUUGGGCCGUUUGUUAAGGAGAGCCGAGAAAAACUGGACUUCAAUAAUUUUGCCAGGUUUCUGGUGGCCAGGGUCUUCCAAUAUUGGUCUGUCCCAACCGAGCACAGUUUUCUCCUGCAGUCCAGCAACAAGCACCUGAAGGGGGAUGGCCUGGCGGUCCUCACACAGUCCAUGAUGAGCAACCUGCAGAACCUGAUGUUGCACAACAUUGGCAGAGCUUCAGAGGGAGUGGAGAAGGCCUGGGUUGAGGACGGACUCUUCAUGUACUGCUACAACAUUGUCUUCAGGGCUGGCUACCUGUCCUUGUUCGGCAACGUAUCCCCCAAGUCUGAAGACAGUGAGAAUAAAGCCAAAGAGAAAGACAGAGCAGAAUCUGAGAUUUUGUUUCACCAGUUCCGUGAAUACGACAACCUCUUCCCAAACCUGGCAUAUGGGGUCCUGCCUCCAAAGAAGAGACUAAAAGUUCAGCGGCUGUUGGAGUACUUCUGGAAUGUCCUGUCGGUCGGCAAGGUAAAAACAAAAGACAACAUCAGCGGCUGGGUGUUGGACAUGCAGCUGUUUCGUGAGGAGCUGGGCAUGGACGAGUCCAUGAUCAGCAGGUACAUGUUUCUCCUCCUUUGGGCCUCGCAGGGCAACACAGGCCCGUCCUCUUUCUGGCUGCUCCUGUUCCUUAUGAAACACCCGGACGCCAUGGUGGCUGUCAAGGACGAGGUAGAUCGGAUAGUGAAAGAAUCUGGACAAGAAGUCAGACGCGAUGGGCCCUUGCUGAACCUUACAAGGGACAUGCUGGUGAAGACCACCAUCCUGGACAGCGCCAUAGAGGAGACCCUCCGUCUCACUACUGCACCCCUCCUCACCAGAGCUGUGGUCCAGGACAUGACGCUAAAGAUGGCAGACGGCCGUGAGUUUCUCGUCCGCAAGGGGGACAGGGUGUCAGUCUUCCCUUUCGGCUGCGUCCACAUGGACCCAGGAGUCCACCCCGACCCAAAGUCCUUCAAAUACAACCGAUUCCUCAAUGCGGACGGGAGCAAGAAGACGGAGUUUUACAAAAACGGCAAGAAGGUGAAGUACUACAACAUGCCCUGGGGAGCCGGGGUGUCCAUCUGUCCGGGUCGCUUCUUCGCCACCAACGAGCUCAAACAGUUUGUGUUCCUCAUGCUGGUCUACUUUGAGUUUGAGCUGCUGGAUCCCGAGCAGAAGAUCCCAGAAAUAGAUGUCAAGAGGUUGGGAUUUGGCGCAAUGCACCCUGAAAACGACGUUCAGUUUCGAUACAGACUCAGAUUUUAAAACUUCACAUCAAAUCCAUUUAAUCAGCACUCACUCAGCAUUUUAUUUGCACCAUUUUUCAAUGACACCUGCAUUUACAUGCAAUGUACUAGAAUGUCAACCUUUGUUUUAUAGCUGUGUUUAUAAGGAAAUCCAGCAAUCAAUGCUAUUUUGCUAGAAAUAAUCUCACACUAUUAUGCCGCUGAUUCUUCUGCAGCAGUUCUAAUGAUCCUCUUUAAUGCCUUGAUAUGUCAUGAAAAACAUGUUUGCACAGACCUGCAAGACCUUAACUCACACAAUAUGGGACCAAUAUUCACACUCGGAAGUAUGGAAUGUAUUUAAAGUGUGUCAUCUGGUACUUUAAUGAGAAUGUAUUGUGUAAUUUUACAUGUUCCAGGAAUGUGAGGCACUAAUGGCUGCCUGAACAGUAAACAAUAGUACAUAUAUAAGUUGGGACUAUAAUCAGAUGCAAUAAAAUCUCACAAACAUACACCCUGGGAACAUAAUCCUGCUGUGAACCUGAGCAUCCUUUAGACUCUCCAGAAGUGAACAAUGUUUGGGAAAAUGCCGGUUGACGCCGUGAUUCUGUACACUGGCAGCCUUUGAUCAAAAUCGUAGAGCGGCCGACCUGUUGUGGUGGUUGCUGGUUGCAAUAAACUUAUCUUUGUUCAA